AUGCUAUUGUUCCAGCAGCCACUUCCGGAAGCAACCGGAAGCAUCCAGAUGGAUAUAGACCAAAGAGCAUCGAUUACCGAUGACAGCCAUCAGGUUUCUCUUCCCAACCCCCAAAUUUCCAAACUCCAACGCUACUGCUCUCCCAUCCUCUUUACUCUUUCAUCGGAAGCUCCUUACUCUCUUCGCCUUGCUCUUCCCAUUACCUUUAAUGCCUCAACAUUUUUUUUUAUUUAUUAUUUCUCCCAUUCGAUUUCCAGCCGAUUAUCUCUUUUCCCCUUUUUCCAUUUUCCUCUCUGCCUUCUAUCCUUCUUACCACUUCUCCCCUGCAAUACUUCUCACAAUCUCGCUUUUUACCACUCGUCUUCUCCUUUUCACCACUCUCUCCUUUUCACACUCUUUCCUUUUCACCAUUUUGUCUCCCCAUACUGUCUUUCUGAACACUUAACGCCUACUCUUUAUACUUCGCUACACAGCAAUUUUACAUCUCACAUACUCUCUUCCACGCCACUACUACUCAUCACUCUCUCCUUCUCACCAAUCCCUUCAUCUUUAUUUUUCUUUCCACUGGUCUCUCUUUCUCCCAUCUGCUACUCCUCACUACUCUUUCUUUCUCACCACUCUCAUUACUUUCUACUCAAAUUGCCAGUAUCUUUCUCACUACUAUCGCAUUCUCACUACGACUUGUUUUCCCUAUACUCUCGUUUUAUCUCUCUCUCUCCCCCUUAUAUAUGUUAUAAAUGCUUUGAUAGACUACGUAAUCGGACAGAGUAUUUUCAGCACUCUCCCUUCUCACCAUUUUCUCUCUCUCUCUCUCUCUCUCUCUCUCUCUCUCUCUCAAAAAGACUUCAUCAGCGAUGGUUUGGAGAAGAUUGCCCAGCAGCCUCCAAGGUAACACCUUGCCAACAACAAAGGGAAACGAUAUCUCACAGUAAGUCCCAUAGCCAUCUUUGCGUAUGUAAUGCCCGCAAUUGUCCUUCCGUUUAUAGAGAACAACCAUUAGGGCAUCUUUACAAUUAUCUCAUCUAUCCAAACCUUUAG